CCAUCUUUUUCCUUUCCUGCGUGUCUCAGCUCUGACGACAUGGACGGUCCGGUGGAGGACAUCGGCAGCCGGUCCUGCGUCACUCGCUUCGUUAAGACGCUGCUGUCCAUCAUGGAGCACGGCGUCAAGCCCCACAGCAAACACCUGACCGAGUACUUCGCCUUCCUCUACGAGUUCGCCAAGAUGGGAGAGGAGGAGAGUCAGUUCUUAUUGUCACUACAAGCCAUCUCCAUCAUGGUGCAUUUCUACAUGGGAACCAAAGGCCCCGAAAAUCCUCAGGUGGAGGUGCUGUCGGAGGAGGAGGGCGAGGAGGAGGACGAGGAGGAGGACAUCCUGUCUCUGGCGGAGGAGAAGUAUCGUCCUGCAGCUCUGGAGAAGAUGAUCGCGCUCAUCGCCCUGCUGGUGGAGCAGUCUCGCUCUGAGAGACAUCUGACUCUGUCCCAGAGCGACAUGGCGGCGCUGACCGGAGGCAAAGGCUUCCCCUUCCUCUUCCAGCACAUCAGAGACGGCAUCAACAUCAGGCAGACCUGCAACCUCAUCUUCAGCCUCUGCCGCUACAACAACCGGCUGGCCGAGCAC